GGUGGCGUCCGGGAUUCUCUUCAAUGUAGACACCACCAUAUAAAUAAAACUACAUAUUCUAAACUUCACAUGGAGUUACGGAACCCAGAAUUACCGAACCAUUGCCCCUUCAUUUCCCAUCAAGCUUUAUCAUCAACAUUGGCGAUAGAUUCCGCGCCCCAUGAUCGACACCACCGAAGAACCCAAUUUUCGCAUCUUUCUCGAUUGUAUCUCUACACCUUUGAUCGAACAAUGUACAUCUGCCUCCAACUCAAAUACAUCGAAACGGAAAACGCGAAAAGCUAAAGCGGGGAGGAAAACAGCGAUAAAACCUCUAUCGAAAGAAAUCGAUGUAGAAGAAGCGAGGAUCAACGAUGCGGCGGAGCUGGCGGAGUUUAUCGAAGUACGCUCCUUUUAUAUCAAUAUCAACGAGAGCCUUUGCCCGAAGAAACGAAUAUUAAUACACAAAAUUAGUACAUCGCUCUAGAAGUAUUCACGCAUCUCCCAUCUGAUCUCCGAACCUUAUCAUACACAACCUACAUCCACGACCCCUCUCUCCAAAAAAAGUACCCCUCCCUCGUUCCCCUCGAUUUCGAAAUCUCAACUCUCCUCACCGACUCUCUCCCUGCUAGCAUCUCUGAAUCACUACACACAUACUCCCUGCUUCCUCCCUGCAUAUCAAUAUCCUCAUUUCUCCACACCCCCCUUUCUACUUACUUCUCGCAACUCCUCUCCCCGCCCCCAACACCCCAAGCCCUCCGCGCAGUCACCACUGCCUGCGAGCUCUGCGAACGCGAUUGGAUACCUCUCACCUACCACCAUCUCAUCCCCAAAUUUGUGCAUGCGAAAGUCCUGAAACGCGGUUGGCAUACCGAAGAAGAUUUAAACAAUGUAGCGUGGUUAUGCAGAGCGUGUCAUAGUUUUGUGCAUCGCGUUGCGGGGCAUGAGGAAUUGGCUAGGGAAUACUAUACGGUUGAGUUACUGGGCGAGAGGGAGGAUGUGCAGAAGUUUGUGGAUUGGGUAGGCAGAGUGAGAUGGAAGAGUAGAUGAUGAAUAUUUGAUUGGUGAUCGAUGAAGAAGUGGGGACGGAGAAGAAGGAUGGGCAAUCAUGGUUUGAAGAAGGUCAACACGUAGUAGACAUGCAUGUAUUUAGGAAGAGACGCAGGUAUGUAUGACCGUAAGCUGAGAAGACCGAGGCUAUUUCUUGGCCCUUUGAACCGACGAUUUUUCGGAAUCAAACUUACAGGAAACAGUUAGCAGUCUAUCGUAGUUGCGCAUUGCAUUUCUGUAGUGUACCAACUGUUCUCCGCGCACGUGUACUUCUUCGGCAUGAAUGUUGAGGUAGGAUACGAUAUGUAGAUUCUUCUAUGACAUUGUAUACCUGCUCAUCUCUUUUAUCAAUCCAACUAAUCAUCCCUCCAAUUUCUGACA